AUGAGAGGGGCUCGCUUGGCUGGCGAGCGUCUAGCACACCGUACACAGUUUCUCCGUCCGCCGUUCAUCUUGCUUGGCGGCAGACAUGGCUUUCAACUCAGAGAGGUCCACACAUCUAAUUCUCGCUCGACAAUAUCCUCGUCUGCUCUCGAAGACGCCCGAGCGCUGAUUGAUCGUCUCGGCAGAUCCGAAGAGCCAUUCCAGACUGUGCAGCCAGAUACAGACUGGCCAGAUGUAUCAUUGAACAGGCGCAAGCUCGCAACAUUGAGAGAGACGGGCGAGCUGGAGCGUCAAUGGUCGCAAAGAAGGGCUCACUUUGCACUCGGAGCCUACGAUGAUUCGGAGCGAACCAAAUCUGAGCUCUCUGAUUGGAGGAGCCUUGAAUCAGAUCUGAACAAGCUUAUCGGACGACUACAAAUAGAGCUCAAAUGCACGAGGAGUGACGAUCUUUUGGCUAUGCUCAAGACGCUCAAGCCGCACCAAACGCAGUGUAGAAGCCGCUUGCGCUCCCUGCAAGCUCGCUACAACCAUGAAGCGCUGCAGACGGUCAAUUUGAGCCACCCAGACUCACCUAUCGGCAACGAAACGAACAAUCGCGUCGUCCGCACAUUUGGCACAGCACCCGCCAGAGGUAGUCCGGAUCCCUCUCGCGACCAUCUAGCCUUGGCAGCCCGACUGAGAAGUCAGACUCUACGUCCGAGCUGGCUUGAUCCUGAGUCCGGCCUCAAGACGACAGGCACGCGAUUUUAUUUCCUUCGCGGCGAAGCGGCGGUGCUCGAGUCCGCCCUGAUCAACUACGCAAUAUCGACUGUGACGGCUGCCGAUGAUGGCUGGCAGUACUGCACGGUGCCUGACAUCAUCAAGACGAGCUUGGCUGAGCGAUGCGGCUUUCUGCCCCGGGAUGACGCCAGCCAGACUUACUUCGUCUCUACCGGCGCGUCUGUCAGGGCUGACGAAAGACAUAGCUUGGCUCUGGCGGGUACUGCAGAGAUACCGUUAGCGGGCUCUUCAAGCGGCGUGCAUCCUCUCGCGGCUCUGCCUUUGAAAGCACUCGGCCUCGGUCGCGCCUUCAGGUCGGAAGCGGGCUCAAGAGGUCUUGCCUCGCGCGGUCUCUAUCGUGUGCAUCAGUUCAGCAAGCUCGAGAUGUACGUCGUGUGUAGACCAGACAAGAGCGAUGAGAUGCUCGAGGAGCUAGUCGCACUGCAAGAGACCAUCCUCGUCCCGCUUGGACUGACACUGAGGACGCUCGACAUGGCGACAGAGGAGCUUGGCGCCUCGGCAUAUCGCAAAUAUGACAUCGAGGCCUGGAUGUCAGGCCGAGGCGAUUGGGGCGAACUUGCGUCUGCAUCAAAUUGCACAGAUUACCAGGCGCGGCGGCUGGGCAUUCAGUAUCAGCCUGAGCCCGCAGACGGCAAAAAGUUACCGCUCGAGUAUGCACAUACGCUCAACGCUACCGCUCUCGCUGUCCCUCGGGUCAUACUUGCCCUUAUUGAGCAGGGUCUGCACUUGGAUGGUGAUGACAAGCACUUUGCUCUCCCCGCCGUCCUCAGACCCUUUUGGCUGGGUAAACACGUCAUUGCCUCGGACGAUGGCGAUGUACCAAUACGAUGGAUCAAGCGCGAACAGCCAUAG